AUAGGGCUGUGUAGCCUACUUUGGCCGGACCAACCAGGUUAAAACGGCAGCUUGCCGACCUCCUGUUCUUUCUUUCAUUCCUCGAUACAUCACUCUCGACGUGGACGAGUUUUUAUUUUCAUUGAUUCCUUAUACCACAAACUGCACAAUUGACAUGUCUCCCUUCUUAAAAGAGGUUGCCCGGGAUCAAGCCUCAGAAAUGUUGCCCGAGGUGGUUGAUCCUAUGGGUGUUGCAGGAUCUGAAGCAUGCACGCACGCCCUAGAAUCAGAUCAAACUUCUGCAGAGGGACCUUUUGUCGAGCCAGAGUUAGAGACCUUUGAACUCGAAGUGCCGACGCUAUAUCACGGUAAACCUCAAGAGCACGAUCUGCUGAUAGUAUACAAGACCGAGUUGAAAAAUUCUCAAUCCUGUAUCUGUCGUGGGACCUCCGAGAAGCACUAG